AUGAAGCGAUGGAACUGCGAGGAUAUCGAUAGACGUCGGAUGGCUGGUUUCAAGGGAAUCCUCCAACCCCUCUAUUCCAUCUGCUUCUGCCUCCUCACCCUCGACUUCGACGGUGGGGAUUGCUCCAAGGCAGAGGAUGCAGCAAAACACAUUGAGCUCGGGAAGCAGUUCCUCUCUCGUGGUGCAUUCCAGGAUGCCCUUGAUCAAUUUCAUUAUGCCAUUGAUGCUGAUCCAGAGAACUACAUGAGCUAUUACAGGCGUGCAACAGUGUACCUGGCUUUGGGAAGGGCAAAAUCUGCUCUCCCUGAUUUAGAUAAGGUCAUCCAGCUUAAACCAGAUUUUACUGCUGCCCGGGUGCAACGUGGAAGUGUUCACAUGAAAAUGGGACAUUUGGAUGAAGCACACAUUGACCUGGAAGUGGUGUUGCUUGGAUUCAUAUCUUGGGUUAAUCAUGAUUCACUGCAGCUCAGGAAGGAGCCAGAUAAUGCUGGAGCUGGGGCAGAUUAUGCAAAGAUUGAGGAGAUGCGUCAUGCAUAUGAGGAGGCAUAUGCUCUCGCAGAGGAUAGAGAUUGUGCUGGUGCCAUCCCCAUCAUAACUUAUCUUCUUGAAUCAGCUACAUGGGACAUUGCAUUGAGGGAGCUUCGAGCUGAAUGUUACCUGGAGAUGGGGGAUGUUAUGAAUGGUAUCUCUGAUCUUCGCUCCACAGUCAAGCUCACCCCAGACAACACUGCAGGCCACCUGAAAUUGGCCCAAUUGCAUUAUAAUCUUGGCGAAGCUCCAGAAUCCCUCCAGUCUAUUCGUGAGUGCUUGAAGCUAGAUCCAGACCACGAGGCAUGUUUCUCUCACUACAAGAAGGUGAAGAAGUUAGCAAAGCUCAUUGAGGAUCUCCAGAGUGCUAGAAAUGAGGGACGCCAUGAUGACUGCAUCUUGGUUGCCAGAAAGGUGGUUGAAAAGGAACCUCGAGUGAAGAUGUUUGUUUACCAUGGAACGGAAGCCGAAUGUCACUGUGGCCGACAUGCCUCUGAGCCAGACCUUGGUGCGACCCUAAAAGCCUGUGAUAGGGCACUUGAAAUUCGCGAGGAGCCCCACCUGCUCUGUGAUAGGGCUGAGGCCCACAUAGACUCCCAGGACUUUGAUGCUGCUAUCAGGGAUUUCGAGAAGGCAUUAGAAUUGGACGAAGGGAAUCGGCAAGCACGUGAUGGUGUUGGAAAGGCCAAGAGGUUGAAGAAACAGGCUGGGAAGAGGGAUUAUUACAAGAUCCUUGGGGUUGAUCGCCGUACUGAAAAGAAGGAUAUAAUAAAGGCCUACAGGAAACUAGCUCAGAAGUACCAUCCAGAUAAUUUCCCAGAUGAAACAGAGAAGAAAGAAGCUGAAAAGAAGUUCUUGGACAUAGCGGCUGCCAAGGAAGUCCUCACUGAUCCAGAGAUGAGAGCAAAAUAUGACAAUGGGGAGGAUCCACUGGACCCAGAGACUCAGGCAGGACAGAACUUCAACCCCUUUCAGCACUUCCACUUCCAGGGACAACCUUUUACGUUCAAGUUUCACUUCAACUGACAUUGUGAGAGCACCUCAGCCUGUGAUGCCAUUGUACCAUGUUGACUCAGUCAUUUGUGGAAAACAAAACAAAGCUUGGUGAUGCCAAGA